AUCUGCGUGCAGAUCCUGUGUUUAAAAUGAGCUAACCUUUGUUACCUGUGCUUCGUGCUGCUGUUGUCAAUAUGAGAAAAGAGAGGGCCCAACGGAAAGCAUUAGAGAAGGAUCUUAGUAGAAACUAGUGUCCAAGUUCAGUAUAAAGCGAGUGAGAGGUUCACAACUUCACAGUUCACAGUGUAAUUCAUCUGCUUGAAGAAACAUGGGAGAUCUCAAGCAUAUAGUUGUGGCCAAGUUCAAGGAAGGUGUAAAUGUGGAUGAAGUAGUCAAGGGAAUGGAAAAGCUGGUUUCAGAUACAGAAGCCGUCAAAUCCUUUGAAUGGGGUCAUGAUGUUGAAAGUAACGCCAUGCUGACACAAGGUUAUACUCAUGUAUUCUCGAUGACGUUUCGCAAUUCAGACGAUCUUACUGCUUACCUGGGACAUCCUAGUCACGUUGCAUUCUCUACUACGUUUUUAGAAGCCAUUGAGAAGAUCUUGCUGUUUGAUUUCCCAGCUGUAGUAAUUAAAGCUUCAGCUUGAUUACAUGUACUUAAAAUGUCUUUUUAAGUACUCUGAAAUUAAUGUAUUAUGCUGUGUUGUCUUAAGAUGUUUUCGUUUAUGAUUUGUUUUUGCAUUUGUUUUAAGUGUACUAUGGAGGUACAUAUUAUUCUCAUCUGUAUCAGAUUUGACAAACUUACCUUCAUGGAUAAUCUAUUCUAGUGCAAUUUGAUUUGGUUCCG